AGCCCGCUGGCCUCCCGGCUGGGAGGUGCGGCUCAAGGGCGUGGCGCGGUGGGCGGCUGCUCCGCCAGGCUCCGAGUCCCCGGAUCUCCUUCCAAGCUUCGGGACUAAGCGCCCAUCUCCAGUCCUCCCUCGGGUUUGUUUUCUCCGCAGACCUCGGCCCGGGCAGGGAGUUGGACCCUUGCAUUCUCAGAGAAAUUUGAGGAGACGCCCCUACUGGGGAGGUCGCUCGAACCGGCACGUCCCAUCCAAUCGCGACCCGGCCGAGUUGGAGGUGGGGGCCUGACACAGUGGCUGCUAUGGAGCAGUGUGCAAGUGUGGAGAGAGAGGUGGACAAGGUCCUGCAGAAGUUCCUGAUCUAUGGGCAGCACUGUGAACAGAGCCUGGAGGAGCUGCUGCACUACGUGGGCCAGCUGCGGGCUGAGCUGGCCAGCACAGGAUUACUUCAGAACUGAUGUGUUUCUCAGUGCAUCACAUCAGGAGGUACAAGCCGUCCAGGGAACCCCUCUCUCAGCUACCCUCUCCCUGGUUAUGUCACAGUGCUGCCGGAAGAUAAAAGACACCGUGCAGAAACUGGCUUCGGACCACAAGGACAUUCACAGCAGUGUUUCCCGAGUGGGGAAAGCCAUUGACAGGAACUUUGACUCUGAGAUUUGCGGUGUGGUCUCCGACGCAGUGUGGGACUCGCGGGAGAAGCAGCAGCAGACCCUGCAGAUGGCCAUCUUGGAGCACUUGUAUCAGCAGGGCAUGCUCAGUGUCGCUGAGGAGCUGUGUCAGGAAUCAACACUGAAUGUGGACUUGGAUUUCAAGCAGCCUUUCCUGGAGUUGAAUCGUAUCCUGGAAGCUCUGCAUGAACAAGACCUGGGGCCAGCACUGGAGUGGGCUGUCUCCCACAGGCAGCGCCUGCUGGAGCUCAAUAGCUCCCUGGAGUUCAAGCUGCACCGACUGCAGUUCAUCCGUCUCCUGGCAGGUGGCCCUGAGAAGCAGCUGGAGGCCCUCAGCUACGCCCGGCACUUCCAGCCCUUUGCUCACGGGCACCAGCGUGAGAUCCAGGUGAUGAUGGGCAGUCUGGUGUACCUGCAGCUGGGUUUGGAGAAGUCACCCUACUGCCAUCUACUGGACAACAGCCAUUGGGCCGAGAUCUGUGAGACCUUUACCCGUGAUGCUUGUUCCCUGUUGGGCCUUUCUGUGGAGUCACCCCUCAGUGUCAGCUUUGCCUCUGGCUGUGUGGCGCUGCCUGUGCUGAUGAAUAUCAAAGCUGUGAUGGAGCAGAGGCAGUGCUCUGGGGUCUGGAGUCACAAGGACGAGCUACCGAUUGAGAUUGAACUCGGCAUGAAGUGCUGGUACCACUCCGUGUUCGCGUGCCCCAUCCUCCGCCAGCAGACGUCAGAGUCCAACCCUCCCAUCAAGCUCAUCUGUGGCCAUGUCAUCUCCCGAGAUGCACUCAACAAGCUCAUUAAUGGAGGAAAGCUGAAGUGUCCCUACUGUCCCAUGGAGCAGAACCCAGCAGAUGGGAAACGCAUCAUAUUCUGAUUCCUGCUGGGGAGGAACUUUGUUGCAAGAGGUCUUUCACCCACAAGCCUUGGUCUGUCUCGGUGGGGGUAGUUGGCUUCCGUGAACUGUGGUUCAUUUCAGAGCAACUGGCUGAGGAGUGCCACCACAAGCAGGGCCGGCCCUCUAGCAGAGGCCAAGGAGGGAGAUGAGACCGCCUACAGCAGGCAGCUGGCUUCUUGACGAACGGCAGGGAAACUGGCGUCUUGUACUCCUGCUUUGCUUCCUGCUCUUUAUAUUUGCUGUUGACUAAGUGGCAGCUGACAGAAUAGCAAAGGACUUGGUGGGCACAGCAGAUGUCUUCCAUCCCCGCCCUCAGCCAGAUCUCUUCCUGCUACACCAAGGCUUGUGUCCACUCCUCCCAUUGUAUAGCCUCACAGCUCUGUGUGUCAGCUGCCCACUGUAGUCCAGGAUAGAACUAAAUGCCGUGGUUUUAUAACUUUGAGCAAAUAUAUUCACAGGCCUUCUCCUUA